AAAGAAUUGGGAUCGCCAGUAGAUUCUGUUUAGUCACAUCCCCACCCACCUUCUCUCCCGAUGGCAACGACGAGCUCCCCUUCCCCUCCACCAUUCCCCUCCUCCACCUGCACCUGCUCUGCCCUCCCACCACUCCGUCCUUCCCGCCUCCGCUUCAAGUCAACGCCACCACCUCCAGCCGCGGUUUCUCUUCUUCCCUUGGGCCGUGGCUACCGUUCUUGGCCUAGCUCCCGCUGCCCAAGCGCUGCCAGACCCUUGCCGCCCUCCUCCGACCCACCGCCUCCGCCUCCUCAAGAUUGGCAAGAAAAGUUGUCAAGAUUACAGGAUACGGCGCGGAUAUUCUUUGCAGUUCUGUUCUGGAUGUCGUUGUUUUUCUGGGGCAGUGCAUGGGGUGGAGGUAAUAACUCAGGGGGCAAGAAGCGCCAACGAUUUCAAAAUAAAUCCAAGUGAAGGUGCCCAAGGAAGGAUUGCAAUGUCAGUAUAUAUAUGUUUUUGUUUUUCGAAAUGGAUAUAUAUGUUUUUGUACGUUGUAUAAACAAACAAGUGGCAGUAUCUUGCCCAGGUACAGUGGAUUAGUAUAUAUAGAGAUGUAACUGUGAGACAUGUAUGACUGAGAAGCCUCUCUUCGAGAUAUACCCCUCUUGGUGGGUGAAAGUUGUAUGCUAUUAUAGCUGAGGUUGCCCA